UGUUUAUCGGCCUUGUCCCGGUCUUCUAGCAUGACGGUCUGUAACUUGGAUAGAGCGUCAGGAUCGUGAAAGCUGGCACAGCCCCCGGCAGGCAGACGCCGAGAGGGAGAUAGGCGGCGAUGGCGACCCGACUGAGAACGUUUCGUGGCUGUUCGGGGAGCGGUUACAUAUUGUGGCUGGCCGACCAGUGAACUCGAUAAUAGAUACACAUGGAGCUUGGCUGGGGGUGGGAUUGGGGAUCUUCUACAGUAGAGGAGACACGGCACGGCGGCGCAGACGGUGGGGACGAGUGUCGGAUGCAGACGCUCCUCGCGAAAACCCCUUAUGAGAUCAUCUUUGACGAGACUCGUGGCUUUGAGCCAUAUGCGCUGGAAGUGACCAGGCAGGCGUGGGCAGAUCUAGGCGAGAAGGCACCAGCGUCAGCUGAGGGACUGGCUAUGCAUAUUGCCCUACAUGUUUGGUAG